AUGGCCGGGCGCGCGCGGCGUCGCAGCGAGCAGGACGCGGCGGCCGCGGACGGUGGCCUGGGCGUGCGAGGCGGGUCGCGGCUCCGCCGAGCGAGGCGAAGGCGCGGCGCACAGCGGCCGGGCCUCGAGCUCCGCGCGCACGGCCGCCGGGCGCGCACGGGCGAGGCCGAGGUGGCCGGAGGCGGGCGGGGAGGUGGAGGUGGAGGUGCGUCGGUUGCAGCUGCGGAGCUCGAGCGAGCGCAGCGAGGCGGGCCGGCACCGGUGCGGCUGCGGAGCUCGAGCGAUCGCGGCGAGGCGGGCCGGGAGCAGGGAACUGCGGCGUCGGCUGCGGAGGUGCCUUCCUCCUCCGGGCGGCGCGGUGCGGCUCCCGGUGGUGGAGCGCACGGGACUCGGCGGCCGGCGCGGACAGCGGUGCGCGGCGGGGCAGAGGCCGGCGCGCGGUCGGGUGGCGGCGGCGGCGGCGGCGGCGUGUCGGACGGCGAGCGGUGA